AUGGGGGCCGGAACAGAGGACGAGAAACCUUCUGAGCUUCUUCUUAAAUGCCUCGACAAUGGUCGAGUCGACGUCCUCUGCUCCAUUCUUUCACAAAUAAAAAACAAACCGGAUUUCCAUGAUCAAGUCGAUGUAUUGUGUUGUGAUGAAGGAACGCUACUUCAUCGUGCCGUUGGAUUGGAUUCUGCUGAUUUUGUGAGUGCUCUUCUGUCGAACGGGACAAAUCCUUGUGUGCAGAAUGAGGAGGGAGAACACCUUAUCAAAUGUGCAAGUCGGACGUUGUGCGUAAUGCGUUUGUUCAAGAACGCACUUUCGUGCAUCAACGUUAAUCAAAGUGAGUUGUUUUUAGCGGCGUAA